GCAUCCCGAAUAGCGGCUCUCAGAGCUCUUGAUCCGCUUCCUUUCUCUGCUUUUCUGACAGACUCAUAUGGGCGACAACAUUCCUACCUUAGAAUAUCUCUUACAGAAAAGUGCAAUCUCAGAUGCCAGUACUGUAUGCCAGAAGAGGGAGUGAGUUUAACACCUAAAGAAAGGCUUUUGUCCUCAGAAGAAAUUAUAAGAGUGGCAAAGUUGUUUAUAUCAGAAGGUACAGACAAGAUCAGGUUGACCGGAGGUGAACCCAUGGUCAGAAAGGACUUGACACACAUUGUUGAGUCUUUGUCUCACCUUGGGGUCAAGCAGUUGGGUAUGACCACCAAUGGAUUGUUAUUGAAAAGGCAUUUGCCUGAACUGCAGAGAGCUGGACUCACGCACUUGAAUGUCUCCCUUGACACACUCAUCCCACAGAAGUUUGAACUUAUCACACGACGUCGUGGUUGGGAGAGAGUGAUGGAUGGUAUUGAAGUAGCCCUAAACUUAGGAUACUCUCCUGUAAAGAUUAAUUGUGUUGUAAUGCGUGGGAAAAAUGAGGACGAGCUAGCUGACUUUGUAGAACUGACUCGGCAUAAAGAUAUCGAUGUACGCUUUAUAGAGUACAUGCCCUUUGAUGGAAACAAAUGGGUGGACAGGAAGAUGGUGAGCUACUCGGAAAUGCUGGAGAACAUCACUCAGAUGUACCCUGACCUUAUGAAGGUGUCUGACAAGACAAACGACACCUCCAAGGCAUACAAAGUCCCCGACUUUGCUGGGCAAAUUGGUUUUAUUACCUCUAUGUCUCAAAACUUUUGUGGUACCUGCAACAGACUAAGGAUAACAGCUGAUGGCAAUCUUAAAGUCUGCCUCUUUGGUGCUGCUGAAGUUUCAUUAAGGGAUGCUAUUCGUAAUGGAUGCACAGAUGAUGAAUUGCUAGAAGUUGUUGGUGCAGCUGUUGGCAGGAAGAAAAGACAACAUGCAGGAAUGAAAAAUCUGGCAAAGCUGAAGAACCGACCGAUGAUUCUAAUUGGUAAGGGACUGAACUCGAGUGCUGUACAUUUGUCUUCAAUCAUCUCAAAUAUGGCUUCAUCAAGAGUUCACCAACAUUUCAUUCACACAACUGUACAAUCCCUGAAAGCAGAUUUAAUCUCAAAAUUAACAUCAUAUGAUAAAAAAAAAUUCACCCACGUGAAAUGCUGUGGAUGUGUUAAAAUAAGUAACUUCUCAAGUCAAAUUGCUCGACAAAUGUCCAGCAUGGAAGAUCACAAUAACAUUUUUUGGAAGAACUUUGGUGAACAUGCACAGAGGGAAAGUUGUGAAGGCAUAGAACAGAAUAAAGAGGUGGUGUUACAAGAAAACAAUUCUGAUAUCUCGCAUACACAAGUAAAUGCUAAUAGACCUUCAGGCAAAAGCCUUUCUAGUGAGGAUAAUAAUGAUGAUUCAUCCUAUACAUUGAGUCAUGUAAAUUCAGCAGGUGAAGCUCGCAUGGUGGAUAUAAGUGGAAAAAGGAGGAGCAUUCGUCAAGCUGUGGCUAGAGCAGAAGUCUCUCUAGGCAGUCAAGCUUUUGCUUUGUUGAAGGAAAAUAAAAUGAAAAAAGGAGAUGUGCUUGGAGUGGCACGAGUGGCUGGCAUAAUGGCAGCAAAGAGAACAUGGGAGCUGAUACCAAUGUGCCAUCCUAUUUUACUUGAUCAUGUAGAUAUAUCAUUAAAAUUGCAAGAAAACAUAGAAAAUGGUCAAGAAUGUCACCUUGUUAUAAUUAAUGCUAAAGCUGUUACUGCUGGGAGCACAGGAGUGGAGAUGGAAGCUUUAACUGCAGUGACCGUGGCAGCAUUAACAGUGUAUGAUAUGUGUAAGGCUGUAACACAUGAUAUUACAAUAUCAAACAUUUGCUUACUCUCAAAAUCAGGUGGCAAGAGAGAUUUUACAAGGUUGUCCUGAAUAGGAAGUUUGUACAUUAGUGUGUGUGUGCAUAUACAUAUAUAUAUACUGUAUAUAUAAUUUAUAUAUUCUUCUUUCAACAAACCAAUCGUAUCCCACCAAGGCAGGGUGGCCCAAAAGGAAAAACGAAAGUUUCUCCUUUUAAAUUUAGUAAUACAGUAUAUACAGGAGAAGGGGUUACUAGCCCCUUGCUCCCAUAAUUUAUAUAUAUAUAUAUAUAUAUUUCUUUCUUUCAACACACCGGCCGUAUCCCACCGAGGCGGGGUGGCCCAAAAGGAAAAACGAAAGUUUCUCCUUUUACAUUUAGUAAUAUAUACAGGAGAAGGGGUUACUAGCCCCUUGCUCCCAGCAUUUUAGUCGCCUCUUACAACACGCAUGGCUUACGGAGGAAGAAUUCUGUUCCACUUCCCCAUGGAGAUAAGAGGAAAUAAACAAGAGCAAGAACUAGAAAGAGAAUAGAAGAAAACCCAGAGGGGUGUGUAUAUAUAUGCUUGUACAUGUAUGUACAGUGUGACCUAAGUGUAAGUAGAAGUAGCAAGACAUACCUGAAAUCUUGCAUGUUUAUGAGACAGACAAAAGACACCAGCAAUCCUACCAUCAUGUAAAAGAAUUACAGGCUUUCGUUUUACACUCACUUGGCAGGACUGUAGUACAUACCUCCCUGGGCAGUUGCUGUCUACCAACCUACUACCUAGGAUAU